GAUAUAGAGUCUACUUGGCUAUUGUAGAAAUGGAACCACUAGACCCACUAGCCGUAAGAUUCCGUCGUUCUACAAGGACAUGGCAAAUUAUAGCUUCAGUUUCUUGUGUGGUUGCUGUAGUAAUAGCGAUCCUUUUCGCUUCGAUGUGUUACUCGAAAUCCUCGUGUAAGAAUUACAAAUCGUGCGAGCAACAGAAACGGUCACCGCUCGACUCGAGAUGCCCCGGUAAACCACCUUUGUUCGCACUACCGAAGCCAUUGCCUUCAAGAAUCGACGAAGCACUCGACAAGAUCGACAAACACCUCCUUUCGAUAGCAGCAAAGGCACAGAACAAAUCUGCAAUUUCCAUAAAUAUCUUUUACAGAGAUGCUGUCGUCUGGAAGGGUCACUAUGGAAGCAAAAUUUACAAAGGGUCAGUUCCCCCUGACGAUAACACGAAGUACCGCAUUGGAAGUGUUACUAAGAUAUUCGCGGUUCUUUUGCUCUUCAAACUGCGCGAGGAUGGUUUGAUAUCAUCCCAGGAUGACCCGUUAAGCAAGUACGCUUCUGAAUUCAGUAUCAAAAAUCCCUUCACUAACGCUCAAAUUACCCUCUGGGUACAAGCGAGAAAACAGGAAUCGCAUAGAGAGGAUUCAUCUGAUUGUCCGCUUUCAGGGGAAUCAAAAAACUGAUAAACUUCGCCCUUGGUCAAGACAUUGGGGGCGUUCCUUCCGUUACUGUUGCUUCAUUUCCGGAUAUGUCGUUUUGUGCUUUGAAUGCUGAUGCUUGCUCCCAGCCGCUAAAGGCUGCAGUUCCUGACUGUCGUGGCUUUUCCACGGGCGCUGAUUAUCUUCAUGAUGUGUGUU